GGCCAGUCGGGCCUCGCUCCCUGUGCCCGCGGCUCCUCCGAGCCCCGGCGAGGCGGCGGCGACGAAAGCCAUGGCCGGGGCGUUGGCCGGUCUGGCCGCGGGCUUGCACGGCCCGCGGGUCGUCCCCAGCCAAGACUCGGACUCAGACACGGACUCGGAGGACCCGAGUACUCGGCGCAGCGCGGGCGGGCUGCUCCGCUCGCAGGUCAUCCACAGCGGUCACUUCAUGGUGUCGUCGCCGCACAGCGACUCGCUGACCCGGCGGCGCGACCAGGAGGGGCCCACGGGGCCCGCAGACUUCGGGCCGCGCAGCAUCGACCCCACACUCACCCGCCUCUUCGAGUGCAUGAGCCUGGCCUACAGCGGCCAGCUGGUGUCUCCCAAGUGGAAGAAUUUCAAAGGCCUCAAGCUGCUCUGCAGGGACAAGAUCCGCCUCAACAACGCCAUCUGGAGGGCCUGGUACAUCCAGUCUCCCAGUUGGCCGGCUUCCAGUCCUCCCCGGAGAACACGUGGGAUGGCUCACCUGAGAACACAUGUGGAGCGGAGGAAGAGCCCCGUGUGUGGCUUCGUGACCCCCCUGCAGGGGCCUGAGGCUGAUGAGCACCGGAAACCGGAGGCCGUCGUCCUGGAGGGCAAUUACUGGAAGCGGCGCAUCGAGGUGGUGAUGCGCGAGUACCACAAGUGGCGCAUCUACUACAAGAAGAGGCUCCGUAAAUCCAGCAGGGAAGGGGAUCUCCUGACCCCAAAGCAGACCGAAGGGGGUUGGCAGCCACCGGAGCGAUGGUGCGAGCAGCUCUUCUCCAGCGUGGUGCCCGUGCUGCUUGUGGGCCCAGAGGAGGAGCCCGGCGGGCGGCAGCUGCUGGACCUCGAUUGCUUUUUGUCCGACAUCUCCGACACGCUCUUCACCAUGACGCAGCCCAGCUCCGCGCCCCUGCAGCUGCCCCCUGAGGACGCCUACGUGGGCAAUGCUGACAUGAUCCAGCCAGACCUGACGCCUCUGCAGCCCAGCCUGGACGACUUCAUGGAGAUCUCGGAUUUCUUCACCAGCUACCGCCCUCCACCGACGCCCACGGCUUCACACUUCCCGGAGCCCCCCGGCUUUGGCCCCAUGGCUGACCCUUUCUUCAGCAGUGGGGUCUUGGGCUCCGAGGUGCCCCCUGCCUCGUCAGGCGUGAGCCACCUCUCGGGGCAUAACCGUCUGCAGGCCCGGAGCAGCUGCCCUGGCCCCCUGGAUUCCAGUGCCUUCCUGAACUCUGAUUUCCUCCUUCCUGAAGACCCCAAGCCCAAGCUCCCACCCCCGCCAGUCCCCCCACCCCUGCUCCAAUACCCUGCUCUUGCCAAGGGGCCUGGCCUAGAGCCCUGUCCGGCCCCCACCUUCCCUCCCAUGGCGCCGGCCCCUGCUUUGCUGCCGGAGGAGCCUCUCUUCGCCCCCAGAUUCCCCUUCUCCACUGUCCCUCCCGCCCCAGGAGUGUCCCCAUUACCUGCUCCCACCGCCUUCCCAUCCACCCCACAGCCAGGUCCAGGCCAGGCCCCUGCCCCCUUCCCCAUAGACCUUCUGCCCUCGGGGUAUCUGGAGCCCCCUUUUGGGCCCCACUUCCCAGUGCCCCAAGGUAUGCGGCCCAGAGGCAGGUCCCCCACCCCAUGCCCUAGAGGGCGGAAGCCCAGCCCCCCAACCUUGGCCGCCACCACUGCCAACCCCACUGCCACUGUCGGGGGCAGCAACCCCUGCCUCACGCAGCUGCUCACAGCAGCUAAGCCCGAGCAGACCCUGGAACCGCCGCUUGUGUCCAGCACCCUCCUCCGGUCCUCAGGGUCCCCGCAGGAGACGGCCCCUGAAUUUCCCUGCACCUUCCUACCCCCGACCCCGGCCCCCACGCCGCCCCGGCCCCCUCCAGGCCCGGCCACACUGGCCCCUCCCAGGCCCCUGAUUGUCCCCAAAGCGGAGCGGCUCUCGCCCCCAGCGCACAGCGGUGGUGAGCGGCGGCUGUCUGGGGACCUCAGCUCCGCACGGGGCCCAGGGACUCUGAGUGUCUGCGUCUCUCCCCCUCAACCCAUCCUGAGCCGGGGCCGUCCAGACAGCAACAAGACCGAGAGCCGGCGCAUCACCCACAUCUCUGCGGAGCAGAAACGGCGCUUCAACAUCAAGCUGGGCUUUGACACCCUGCAUGGGCUGGUGAGCACCCUCAGCGCCCAGCCCAGCCUCAAGGUGAGCAAGGCGACCACGCUGCAGAAGACGGCCGAGUACAUCGCCAUGCUCCAGCAGGAGCGGGCGGCCAUGCAGGAGGAAGCGCAGCAGCUACGGGACCAGAUAGAGGAGCUCAACGCCGCCAUCAACCUGUGCCAGCAGCAACUGCCUGCUACCGGGGUGCCCAUCACACACCAGCGUUUCGACCAGAUGCGAGACAUGUUUGAUGAAUACGUUCGCACCCGGACGCUGCAUAACUGGAAGUUCUGGGUGUUCAGCAUCCUCAUUCGGCCUCUGUUCGAGUCCUUCAACGGGAUGGUGUCCACAGCAAGCUUACAGAGCCUCCGCCAGACCUCACUGGCUUGGCUGGACCAGUACUGCUCCCUGCCUGCCCUCCGGCCAACUGUCUUGAACUCUCUCCGCCAGCUGAGCACAUCUACUAGUAUCCUGACGGACCCAGGCUGUAUACCCGAGCAAGCCACGCGGGCAGUCACAGAGGGCACCCUUGGCAAACCGCUAUAGUGCCGGCUGGACACUGCCACUCGCUCGGCUACCCCAGAGCUGCUUUCCCUGGGUGUGGGUUCCAGGGACAACAUCUGGGCACUCCCUUCCUGCCCCGGGCCCCGGCUGUCCUCUGUCCUGAGGGUCUAGCAGGGCCCAAAUCUCUUCCACCUCCUGAAAGCCAGGAAGAGCUACUUUCUAAGUCGCUGCCCCACCAGUGAUGAACACUGUGACCUGGGAGACUCAUGCUGUCUCUUGGGACCUCCAUUUUCUAGUCUGCAAAAUGGUCCUAGGGAAGAUUCCACAGAUGAUGAUCCCAAGGCCUUAGUAGCUGUGACCCUUAGGACCAAAGCUGGCAACUCAGGGAGCUUGGAGGAGGAAGGGGGACGAUCCUGUUACCCUGCUCCCUGCUUCCCAACCCCACCCCGUUAGGACACAGGCCUCUGUUUCUCAGCAGAGAGGCAGAAAAGGAGGUUCCCACUCUCGGCUCCUUCGCUGGCCGCCCAGUGGGGAGUGGGGUGCUGCAGGAUGGCAUUCCUGGGCGAGGCCAGGAAGGUCAGAUUCCAGGAGAGAGCAGUGCGGGGGUGUGGGGGGUAGCCAAACCAGGGACAGGCAUCUCGUGUGCAUGUGAAUGCGUGUGUAUAGAUUUUGUAAAGAAUUCUUGCCAAUAAAACCAAAAACUGUU